AUGUCCCAAAAAGAGAAUGUAUCAGUUGUUACAGGUUGGGUUAUAGCCCCCACCCUGUACCAGACACCAGCCAGCCCCCACCCUGUACCAGACACCAGCCAGCCCCCACCCUGUACCAGACACCAGCCAGCCCCCACCCUGUACCAGACACCAGCCAGCCCCCACCCUGUACCAGACACCAGCCAGCCCCCACCCUGUACCAGACACCAGCCAGCCCCCAACAUGUCCCAAACACCAGUCAGCCCCCACCAUGUCCCAGACACCAGCCAGCCCCCACCCUGUACCAGACACCAGACAGCCCCCACCCUGUACCAGACACCAGUCAGCCCCCACCCUGUACCAGACACCAGUCAGCCCCCACCCUGUACCAGACACCAGUCAGCCCCCACCCUGAACCAGACACCAGUCAGCCCCCACCCUGUACCAGACACCAGCCAGCCCCCACCCUGUAAAAGACACCAGUCAGCCCCCACCCUGUACCAGACACCAGUCAGCCCCCACCCUGUACCAGACACCAGUCAGCCCCCACCCUGUACCAGACACCAGCCAGCCCCCACCCUGUACCAGACACCAGCCAGCCCCCACCCUGUACCAGACACCAGUCAGCCCCCACCCUGUACCAGACACCAGUCAGCCCCCACCCUGUACCAGACACCAGUCAGCCCCCACCCUGAACAAGACACCAGCCAGCCCCCACCCUGUACCAGACACCAGCCAGCCCCACCCUGUACCAGACACCAGCCAGCCCCACCCUGUACCAGACACCAGUCAGCCCCCACCCUGAACCAGACACGAGUCAGCCCCCACCCUGAACCAGACACGAGCCAGCCCCCACCCUGUAAAAGACACCAGUCAGCCCCCACCCUGUACCAGACACCAGUCAGCCCCCACCCUGUACCAGACACCAGCCAGCCCCCACCCUGUACCAGACACCAGUCAGCCCCCACCCUGUACCAGACACCAGUCAGCCCCCACCCUGUACCAGACACCAGCCAGCCCCCACCCUGA